AUGUGGUCAAAAUUUGUUGGCCAACUUAAGAAUGCAAAUCCAAUAUUUGGUGCAACACACCCUAUAGCAUCGACGACGCCCUUAAAAAUUAAUGAGCGACUUUCUAGGAAAUCCAGCGUUGGUUCGCAAAAAGAUCCACGCGUAACAGAGGCUAGACGAAAGAGUAGUCUGUUAUACGGUGUUUCACCAGGCAGUGAAAUCUUUGCACAAGAAAAACUAUCCGAGAAACAAUUUUUACGCAAAACAAUUUCUGCUGAGCAGCAACAAGAAUUAUGUUCACUCUUUCAACAAUGGCAGAAUGCAUUGGACGAAAAGGAACGUAGUGUUCUCCUAAUUUCAUUAUCGCGUAAAUUUUUUGAAAACUAUGUUGACGCUCCUGAAAUGGUGGGAGAGAGCUUGGGCGAUUUGGAAAUUUUCACUGAUGCUGUUUCAAAGCAUUUAAUUAAUUGUAUUCAUGCACAAACCAGUCAGGUUUCCAUGAUUAUAAUUGAUGAUUCUAAUUCAAGUUAUUUACUUCUCACAUUAAAAGAUAUUUUGCAGAUGUUGGCUGAUGAAAAUCAGCUUUUUUUUAUCCUGAAAGCGAUUGAUCUGCUCUGUAAUGGACCCGAAUUUGUAUUUGAGAUUAUGACAGCACGCGAGCUUCCUGUAAUCUUGAUCAAGGCUUUUCAAUCGUUCGUCGAAAUUCCUCAAUAUACCAUAAAGAAUGAGUCCAAUGGACAAGUUGAUUCGCCAUCAUCUAAUUCAUUGGCAUUCGCACCUUCUGGCGUUGUCUCGGAUAUAGUAACGGAUAUUCUUAUUCAUUUUGUGAUAAAUCCUAUUGCAUUGAAACAAAUGUUAGAACAUGAUUCAUUAUAUUUGUUAGUUACAAUGGUAAUAAAUGACAGAAUCUCUGUACUGGAUCACAAAGAAAACCCAUAUAUUUGGGAAGACAGAGCAAUAGAAGUUCUUAUUGAACUUUUUGCAUUUGCUACCCAAGAUAUUAUAGCAUAUUUUAUAGAUAAAAACGUUUUAGGAACUCUGAUGAAAAUAUUAACAGACAGUUUAGAUUUAAAGAAUAAUAUGAUUAUUGGUGGCAAGCAGUUAAUAUAUGCAGAAAACUUUUUGAAUAUGAAUGGAUAUGAAACGCUUUUUAGUUUACUUAUAUUGCCUCCAUUUGAUGGAAAAUAUUCAGAAUCAAAGGAUGCAAUUAUAGAAAUGGUCGAAGACUUAGCAUUUGCUGGAGUUGAUAAAGUCAAGCCUGUUAUAUCAAAUAGAACGCCAUAUCAACACAAUGAUUUCCAUUUACCUAAUGAAAUAAAAGAUGAUGAAACACUUUUUCGGAAUGAAAAAGCAUUUCAAGUCUUGGCAUCCGCCUUACUAUAUCCCGAUGUAAAACAUAUUGCCCCUUUUUUGUCAGACUUUGUCAACAUAAAUAUCAUAAAGGAAGCGAUCCCGGAGAUUUUUCAGCAAAAAAUUAUUGCAGCUAUAGCAGAAAUUUAUAAAUCAAAUGAAUUGAACUAUUUUUUAACGGAGCAUCUAAAUACUCUACCAACUUUAAUUCAGGAAAUAGAUAAAUUUAGUACCAAAGUUCAGCGAUCAAUAUUAGAUUUACUAGUCUUUGUUAUGGUGGAUUUAAAUUAUGUGCCAUUUAGAGAGCUAGUUGUGUUGUCAUUGCAUUUUCAAGGUCAAUCCUCAAGGCAUACAACAGCUAUAGUGUGCGAAACAGUCAUAUCCCUUUUACAGACGUCUCCAAAAUUUAAAGAAGUUUUUCGUGAAAUUGGAUUACUUGAUAUGCUAUGUAACUUGCUUCAUGAAUUAGCUACCACAUUACACGAUAGAUUUGGUAACACAUAUUUUAUUAGAAGAAUAUCAGUAUCUCAAUCUAAUGAUACUCAUAACAAUAAGACGUCUAAAACAAAAAGCCGACUUAGUCCUGAAAUUAUUGGGAAUUUUCAACUAAUUUCUGAGUGCUUGAUAGAAAUGCUAAAAGGAAACAAGACAAAUAUUUCAUUAUUUGGAAAUGCGUACAAAGGCAAUUUGUUUGAUUUAUUACAUUAUGAUGAAACUCGAGAUGGAGCGCUGACUAUAUUUGAAACACUGGUUGUGGAGGGAUACCUUGUGUCUAAUGCAGAGCCACAUACGCCUUUGACAACUGGUUCAAGAAAUUCAGUUUCUUCAGCCAUAGAACAUUCAUUUCAAUUCGGAAGACUGAUUGAAAUCGUUCAAUCUCUUCCUAGAUUUGAUCUUAAAAUGAAAAGGCAUAUCCUCUUAUCAAUGAAUCGUAUAUUAGUUUCUUGCCCUGAAAUGAAGGAUGUUUUUCGCGAAUCUGGAGGAUUCGUUUGUCUUGUAAGCUUAUUAGUAGGCUUAGAGGAUGUAUAUAAGCAGUUAAUACAGAAUUCAGCAGAGAAUGAUGCUAAAUUCGAUGAAAUAAAUGCGGAUUCGCCUAAAGAUCAUUCGAAUUGCAGCGCAGAGAUAUUGCCAAUGAAAAUUCAGGCAAUCGACACAUUAAAAGCUAUAUUCAUUGUAUUUGCAGAAGCAAUGUCUAAUCACGAUUCUAAUCGGCGAUUUUUUAGCAAUUCUAUUGGUUUUAGGUCUGUAGAGGAUGCCAUUUGCCUUACUGAGAUGUUCAAAUUAACUGGAGCCCCUGAAAAUCUUUUCGGAAUACUUUUCGGGUUCGCAAUUGAAAACGAAUCAGUGGCUGAUGCAUUUAUUAGUGGUAAUGAUAUUGUAAACGGCAAACGAUUCAAAAUAGAAGAGGUGUUUGGUAAUUUUGCUGACGAAAUUCACAAUCCAGAAGUGAUUCCCACUAUUCUGAAAUUACAACUCUGUGUUAAUCGAGAUUCAAAAUUGUUUUUGAAGAUUUAUGAAUCUUUGGUGGCUCUUGCCUAUGCAAAUCGAAGAAAUCAAGUUAUGCUAAAUAAGUCUGGUGUGCUUGAAAUUGUUUUACAUCGAUUAUUUCCAACGUUAGUUCAAAAUAAUGAGAAUGGAACGAUUAAUGCUAGUAAUCGUGCACAAGAAAAGAGACUUUUGACUAAAUUAGCUCAAAGAUUGAUUGAAAUGGGUGUUACUACUAAGGAAAUCCGUUUUUUAUUUGAACAGUUUGAAAAUGGUAACCAACGUCCUAAAGAGAUUACUACGGACACCGAUGAGUCAUUUAUGACCGUUAUGGACAUGGUUUUAUACGGAGUUCAAAGAAGUAGAUGGCCUCGAUUUAUACAAUUUGAUAUGUGCCAAUUUGGCUAUUCUUGUUUAGAGAUGUGCAGUUUAAGUGACCGAACGUUUCCACCCACAAACGGAGGAUAUACGUUUAUGAGUUGGCUUGAUAUUGAAAAUUUUGAUUCAGAAACGAAUUUGACUCUUCUAGGGCUAAGUGAUGACGAAAAAAAAUGUUACUUACAAAUCUAUUUCGAAGCUCGAACACAUAAACUUGUUGUUCAGACUUCUCCAAAACAAGCGACUCGAUUUGAUAAUUUUGAAUUUAGAACUGGAUAUUGGUAUCAUAUAGCACUCGUACAUCGUCGAUCGCGUUUAGGGCAGCCAUCAUUGAUAUCUCUUUAUGUGGAUGGAAGACUUGUAGAUGAUCAAAAGUGUCCUUAUUUGAAUCAAUCAGUGACUAAUCGACCAAUCAGAACAUUUAUUGGAACGCCAAAAGACAUUGCCAAGAAAUUUGGCAAAGGCAAGACUAAACUCGCAUGGGAUUUAGGCCCCUGCUAUUUUUUUGAAGACGACCUGGAUGGAGACAUCAUUAGCGUUUAUUGUCACUUAGGGCCUCGGUAUUCUUCUAAUUUUCAAGAUUCCUUAGGCCAAUUUCAGACGUAUCAAACAUCAACGCUGCUUAAUAUGAGACUUGAGGCCUUAAGUCGUCAACGUGGAGAUUCUAAUAUUGAACUGGAUAAUUUGCCUAUAGUUAAUGCAAUUCGUGGUAAUAAUAGUCAAACUUUGCCUGAAGAUAAAAUUAUUUUUGCAUUCAAUGCAAGUAAUGUUCUUGUCUGCGGCCAAAAUGCAAGCAUAUUGGGUGCUGGUCUUUCUGAGGGUACGUCACAAGCAUUACUUGGUAACAUUAAUACAAAAGUAAUACUGAACGCUGCUGUUCCGAAAGUUGAACAUGCUUUACGAGUGCCACAUGGAUUAGCUUACAUGCAUGGUGAUCCAGUGACAGCUGUUCCUUAUGGGAUGGAUGAUUCUAUUUGGAAGAUAGGAGGCUCUGCUGUGGUUUUAAGGCUAGUUGAAAGGGCAGAAACAACAGAAGAUUUAUAUAAAACUGUUUGUACACUUAUUGAGCUAAUUCGAUUUAACUGGCGAAAUUCAGAAGACAUGGAAAGAAUUCAUGGAUAUGAAAUUUUAGCAUAUUUGCUAAAGCAAAAGCACGGUCUCUUAACUCCAGAUCUUUUAAAUCUAUUGCUCGUCUUUGUAGGGUUGAAUCCAGUCAAUCACAUGGAUUCAGUCAUUAUGAAUCCUCUCGCUUACCGAUUUUUGAUACUGGACUUUGAUCUAUGGCGGCAUUCUCCUGAAAGCGUUCAAAGAGCACAUCUUCAUCAAUUUUCAAUAUUCAUUCAUUUGAGCAAGCAUCACCACUAUAAUGCUAAACGUUUGAGCAAAAUGCAUGUCGUCAAAAAAAUGUUGGUUGCACUAAAAACAAACGUUUAUCCGAAAGAACUAUUAACUGAUUUUAUAGAUACUCUGAAAAUAGUAGUAAAAUACAAUUUUACUACCGAGGUCAUACGAUCCAUUGUAACUUUUCUUGUAUCUACAUUGAAUAGACCUUCUCUUAUUCGUCGUGGUAUUCGCAAGGAAUCUCCUCUCAAAGCCGGCACUACUACAUUUUCUCACGAGAAUAUCUAUGGAAAAACAUCAUUAAAAAAUAUUGUAACUGACGUUAGGAGCCUACCAGCUGAGACAACUGCUAGACAUAUUGGUGUUAUGGUCAUGGAUAUGCUUACGGACAUUGUUUGCGAUAAACUUAACCCUUUUUAUGUGAACAGAUUUGCAACGACAAUUACCAAUAAAUGGCCACUGCUUUUUUUUAGCGAAGAUUCUAAUCCAUCCUGGGUAGUAUGUGCAGCGCGAAUUUUGGCUAGACUUUUCCAUUCACAAGGGGCCGUCUACAUUAAUAAAUUUCGCACAUUAUCUGAAGGGUUUAUUGUUAUGCAAAAAUUACUUCCACAGUGGUGGUAUCUUACUCAAUUACAACAUGUAUUGUUCACUAUGCUUUUUGGCAUCGAUAUAUGCGAUAUUCCAAUCGAUGCUCCUUUUGAUCUUUCCUCUCUGGUUAGAUUGUUUAGAGCUGACGGUGACGCUACACGAGUGGUUUGUCCGGAUGUCAUGAUAAUUAUAUUGCUCAUGAUGAAAGAAGGAAUAAACUCAGUAGCCCAGUUAAGUUAUGAAGUUGAAAAGGAUUUUAAGGCGAGAGGUAGAUCUAUGACUCCGAGCUCCAAUGAGAUGUUUGAAGAAAGCGAAUCUUUGAAAGAGACCCUGUCUAAAGUUUCGCAUGUGGAACAAACUAUAAUACACUUUUUGAUGGAUAUGUAUAAUAAUUCAAGUGAAUUUAGCGAACUUUGUUGUAAAGGUGAAAUUAUGGAUGGAUUCAUUGAAAUUCUUUUUCCCAUUGUCUGCGCUUGUGAUGAACAGCCAAUAGAGACUGAAUUGUGUAAUAAAGACCUUGGACUUUCAUUUGAGGUUGACAUAGCAACUGAUCUAUUUAUGAACAGUAUUAAUAACAAUACUCCGGGUGCAUUACCAGUCCUAGCUAAUUUGCCACGUUCUAUACAAUCUUUUGAUGAUGAAACCGGAGAGGAGAUGAUAACAAUUUCUACUGGAAAUAAUAUCGUAACUAUACUGACUGAUACUUCGACUGUUGGUCCAUCAGCGUCUCCCACACAAACUAGCCCUGUUAAUAGUGAUAUAGACAACGAACCUGAUCCUGGUUUUAGAAUUAAACCACCUAUAAGACGCGCUACAAAAAAGCCAGAUUAUUCAGAACAUAAGAAUGCUACUGUAGAAAGCCUUCUUGAAUUUGUUGUAUCUAUGUGUGUCAAUUCAAUAAUUGAUCCAAAGCUAAAACCACUGGCUGGGUUAGAAAUUGUUUUGAGAUCCUUCCCGCCUUCAUUGCUAGAGCAUCAAACUCAAUUUGAAAGCUAUGUAUUGGUGCACAUUAUAGGUAGUCUUAAGAUAUCUUUACAACUUGAUUCGAAUUUACUGGCUGAUCAACGAAUAGUUGCAAACGUUGCAAGAUUUUCCCAAAUGGCUGUAGACGCAAUAUAUCAAGGAUGGUUUUUAAAUGGAAGGGACCAAAUGUAUGAAUUCAUUACCGCGAUUUUAGAGAGAAUGGAUGAUACAAACGGAAAACGAGCUAAUGAUCAAUGGAUAGCAGCAUUAUAUCGAUCUUUAGAUAGAAUAAUUUUGUUCAAAUUUUCAGAAAUUGAAAAUACGUCGAUUGACACCACUAUUAUAACUGAAAUGCUUGAAAAAUUGAUAUAUCAUCAAAGAGUCAUUUUUAGCCCAUACAAUACUGAUGUGGAUUUUUUGAGAUGCUUGUGUUAUCAUCUUUAUAAGUUCUUAAUUUAUGAUCUUCAGGACGUUAAAACUAAUUCAACGAAUGUUUGGAAAUUAUUAAUGCUUCAGAAGCCGAAUGAAAUGCCAGGAAUAUUGAGAAUGCGUGUUAAAGGGAUAGAAUAUAAGGAGCUAGUAGAUGGAUUUAACAAACUAUUGGAAAUGGAUAUUAACUCAUUUUUAGACUGGGUUGAGUCUCGAAGAACACCACUUGACACAUUAUUUCAGGAUAACAUAUCGAAAAUAUGGUACUCAUUUAUUGCAUCCGAAGUUAAAAACUGCAAAGAAUAUUUGAAAAAUAUGCACGGAAAACGAAUGACAAAGCUCAAGAAAUUGUUUAAAAAAGCCUCAAUGGAUCAAGAAUUCUUUAAUCAGUACAGAAUUAAAACCACUCAAUGGUCGAGAAAUAUUCAGGAAGUUGAGACUAGCCGUUAUUAUAAAUCAAUACAAGACAAUAUUGAUCACGAUAAUUACGUGAGAGAUGAAUGGGCAAAAACAUCUGCUGAUUUAUUCCGUGAACGUGCUCUUUGGGGUCCGAAAACGUCGGAUCACGAAUCAAAAUGGAGGUUAGAUUUCACAGAAGGGAGAUGUCGGAUGCGUAAAAAAUUAGAGCAAAACGAGGAUUUGCGGUUAUUUUCUUAUAAGCCAAAGAGCAGCAAACAUGAGAAUCAUGCAAAAGAGAAUUCAAGUGAAUCAUCAAAGUCUUACCUAAUGAACAAUAAAUCACAGACAAACUUGGAUGUACCUUUUCGUCACUUAGGAGGAAAAUCACCACACGAACGCCAAAUGACACUCACUCCUAGUGCGAGCGACGUUGAAACAUCAAAUGAUGACGUCGAAUCUGUUGGAAAUAGUCAGUAUACAGAAUCACAAGCGGAAGUUGACGAAGAAAAUGCGUUUGAAGAAGACAAAAAUAGAAAAGUUUUAAGAUCUUUAGAACACGGUGAUUCUGUCUUGGAUAUAUUUAAUAUAAGUCGUAUAACUGGAUUAGACGCAUGUGAGGGUCUUUUACUACUAUGUAAGCAAAAUUUAUAUUUGAUCGACAACUACUUUCAAACGCUGGAAGGUGAAAUUGUUGAUAUAUGGGAUGCACCAACUAAGGAGCGAGAUCAAUAUUUACAAAUGCUUGCCUCUCAUGCUGGUUAUGUAAAUAAUAAUACGCCUUCCAAGGAAAAUAAACAUAAGAGCAGGCGAUGGGCUUUUGAUGACAUAAAGGAAGUCCACAAAAGAAAAUUUCUGUUCCGUGAUGUCGCUCUUGAAAUAUUCUUUGCUGAUGGGCGCAAUUAUUUGAUAACUUUCUUUUUGAAAGAACGAGAUAUUGCUUAUAAUAAACUUGUCGCAAGAGCUACUUUCUCAAUUAGUGGUGCCGAAUCUGUUAUUGGCACAUCUGCCCUUGAUACCUUAUCACCUGUUACUCCCUUAUCAAUUCCUUCGACUGGUUUGAGGUUCAAUCUAAGCUUUUUUUCAAAUUCAAACUCAUCGUUGGCAGAAUUAACCCUAAGAUGGGAAAAAAGGGAAAUUUCGAAUUUCCAAUACUUGAUGCACUUAAAUACUCUAGCUGGUCGGUCAUAUAAUGAUCUUACCCAAUAUCCCGUGUUCCCUUGGAUCUUGGCUGAUUACACCAGUGAGGAGCUGGAUUUAACUAAUCCCGAAACAUUCCGUGACUUAUCUAAACCCAUGGGUGCACAAACUGAAGAACGCAAAAAGGAAUUCCAAAUACGGUACCGUUCUUUUGAUCCUACAGCGAAUGCAGCAACGCCGGCAUUUCAUUAUGGAACCCAUUACUCGUCUGCAAUGAUUGUUUGUGUCAAACAAGGAACAGGUGAAGUAAUUGAUUCGGUCAUUCUUCCACCUUGGGCAUAUGGAGAUCCUAAAAUAUUCAUACAUAAGCAUCGUCAGGCUCUUGAAUGUGAUUAUGUUAGCGCUCACCUUCAUGAAUGGAUAGAUUUAGUAUUCGGAUACAAACAACAAGGACAACCGGCUAUAGAUGCAGUAAAUGUUUUUCAUCAUCUUUCUUAUGAAGGAGCCAUUGAUUUGGAUGCCAUCAGUGACCCAGUCGAAAGAUCGGCUACAACUGGAAUUAUUCAUAAUUUUGGACAGACGCCUCGUCAAUUGUUCACGAAACCUCACCCAGCAAGGUCUUCCGAUACAAAUGAUUCAAAUAAUUACAAAUUUAACGAAAGUGUGGAAAUGCUAGUAAACUCAAUAUCCCCUUUGCUUGAUAUUCGAUUUCAAGUUCAUGAUAUACGUAUGUCGAGUGAUCGGUUGCUUGCUGUUAGCACACAAAAAAUUUUAAUUCCGCCAAAUUAUAAUUAUUAUGUUGAGUGGGGCUACUCUGAUAACAGUCUGCGACUUCAUCAAACAGAUACUAAAAAGUUGGUAGGCCUAUAUGAAAACCUUCAUUUGCAAACAGUAAGUUGUGCUUGCUUUGCAGACGGAAGAACGUUUAUUACUGGAGGAACUGAUGCGGUUAUUUGUAUUUGGAGAUUUAAAUGGCAAACUAAAUCGCCAGAAUGUGGUUUUAUGGAAUGCUUACGAGGACAUUCUGCAAAGAUCAAUUGUGUUACUAAUUCUAGAUCUUAUAGUAUCAUCAUAAGUGGGUCAGAUGAUAAGACUUGCAUAAUAUGGGAUUUGAAUAGAAUGAAAUAUGUGAGACAGUUGCAGGGUCAUGAAACUGGUGUUCAGUUUGUCGCCAUUAAUGAUACAACUGGUGAUAUUGCAACAUGCAGUGGGUCAAUUAUUCGUUUAUGGAGCAUCAAUGGAGACCUUUUAAUUACUAAAAAUACUGCACAAAUACCGGACCCAAUUCUUUGUUGCGUCUUCUACGAGGGCAAGCAAAAUGAAUGGUUCGAUAAUGACAUUAUUAUUACUGGACACAAAAAGGGUAUAUGGAAUAAAAAUUUGAAAACCAAUAAAGAUUUAACUGCGUGUAAAUGGAAUUUAGAAUUGCGGCAUCAGUUAAAACAUGAAAAUAGAAUCGAACCAUUAUCACCUGCACCCGCAGCAGAUAUUGUUGCUUUGUUUCCAGCUGGAAAUCAAAAAAUUCUUUAUAGCGGAGAUUCAUCUGGAAAAGUUUAUUCAUGGAACUUACCAGAUAUAAAAACAGAAACUCAUUGGAUGCAAGAUGGACAAACUGACAAUUGCUUGAAAUGUACCGUAAAAUUCGCAAGAGAAAAAUUCACUGUAAAACUUGUGGAGGUAUCUUUUGUUCAAGUUGUACUCGAUAUGGAUUUGACAGAAAUUCAAGAUUUUGUGAAUAUUGUUGUUCGAAAAUAG